AAAAAAAAAAAAAAAAAAAAAAAAGUUAAAUAAUAACAAGAAACAAGUCAAAUAAAUAAGCAAAUACAUUAAACAAGAUGGCCUACUAUUAUAUGUUUAACGGAAAGCACGUAGGAAACGACGUAGAUUGAAACAGAAAACAAAGAAAACCAUUAUCAGCAUUUAUAUUAUACACAUAUACAAACUAAAAUAGUCACAAAUUACACAUUUAUCAAUUAUUAACAACAAUUAAUAUUAUCCAUCAUGAAUACAACAACAACAACAAAUAUCCAAGAAAACUUGAAUUUUAUUACAUAUCAAGAUCCUUUGCUCUUCCAGCAAUUGGACACAUUAUCUCAUCAACUUCCUACUUUUUCUGAAAAUGAAGCUCUUUUUACUGACCUCUUCAAAGAUCCUACUAUCGAUCAAUUAUUACUCUCUGUUUAUAACUCUCCUAUUUCAUCCCCUGAUUCUUCUGCAUCCGAAACUUUAGAUAGUCCUUCCACUACUUUACUUCAAGAUAGUCCUUCUAAUACUUUACUUCAAGAUAGUUUCUUGGAUGAUUUCUUAACUACCUCUCAUCCUAUGACUUAUGACUUUGGUGCAUUAGAAAAAUUGAUUCAUUCGGAAGAGGUGUCUGCUGCUACUGAGACUGGAAAAGGCCAAGAACAAGAACAAAAAGAAAAAGUAAAGGAACAACAACCCAUACGUUUAAAGCAACGUUCAACAAAGAAGAAUCAACUUCAAGGACAAUCCACAAUGUCUAUCAAGAUUAAUACUCAGAAAUCAACUAAACCUCCUCGUAAGUUGGAGUGUUUUAAUUGUAAAGUAACCAAGACUCCUCUAUGGCGUAGAACACCUGAUCGUCAACAUUCUCUCUGUAAUGCUUGUGGACUUUAUUAUAAGCAAUACAAUACGCAUCGUCCUCUUCAUGUUCGUAAUAAGACUCAUACAAUUCGUGCUCAUCCUUAUGCUUGCGAACGUGUUUUACCUAUUACUAUUAUUCAGCAACAAGAAAAGGAUUCCUCCUCUUCCUCUACUACUACUACUACCUUAACAACAACAACAACAACAGCAGAAGAAGUAAAUAACAAUCAAUCAGUAGGACAAGAAUGUGCUAAUUGUCAUCAAACUCAAACUCCUCUUUGGCGAAAGAAUGAACGCGGUGAACCUGUUUGCAAUGCAUGUGGUUUGUAUGCUAAACUUCAUCAUCGAGAUCGUCCUGUAGAAUUACGCAAGACAACUAUACAAAGACGUAGACGUGAUUGGCAUUCUGACGAAACAGAAGAAGAAGAAGUAGUAGUAGUAGCAAUAGACGAAGCAUCUGAAGGCUCACGACAAUCAAGUCAAGAACAGCAGAAUACGAUCCUCGAAACUAAUCAUUCAAAUUCACCUGAAUCGUGUGCUACACCACCACCACCACCAUCACAGGCCUUAUCUCCUUUAAAUUCUCCAUUAGCUGGCCUUGAGGCAGAAGAUACCCGCUUUGUUUCUCUUUUACUUCAAAUGGAUCGUGAUCAAAUGCAUGGUUUCCUUGAAACGCUUGAACGUAGAUGUGGUUUCCUAAAGACCCUUCUUAGCACCCCUGCUCUUAACAAUAAAUAAUUCUAUAUAUAAAAUUUACUUCAACUUUAAAAAAAAUAAAAAAAUAAAUUAUUUAUAGACUUAUAGCUAA